CCCGCGGGGAUCCAGCAAAGUCGUUGGAGGCUCUACCACGAACGGAAGCAGCAAUCCUGUGUAGAGCGCCCCUGAAAAGUGUGUAUUUGUAUGAGCAAGAGUAACUUUAUCUUGGACACAGUGCUGUGGAAAUCCCCCAUGAAGAUAAAUAACAAGUAAGCAACCACCAGACGGUCGGUGCAGCAGCUGCACCGACUGAUAGGAAAUAUGUCUGUAAGGACUGAUAGGUGACGUCAUAGGGCUCUACUGAAGCCCUUAAGAAUCUAGGACUUUGAUAGCUCGGAGAGCAGGUCUGGACCGAGAGGUGACCAGCUGCUCCUCUCCUCCAAAAACCUGCUUGCUCCAUCAGACUCAGACCGAACCUCUGCCUGACAGACCUCCGCGGGACCAGCCGCCCUGCAUACCGGAUUCUGAUUGACUCUGGGACUGGUCUGCACCUUUGCUUCCUUAACCAGGAGUCACCAAGAUGCCCAUCCAGGAAAAAGCCCCACCUAAGAUGGCAGCAAAAACUCCCAGCAGUGAAGAGGAGCCUGAGCUGCCCAAACUUCCAGUGCCCCCACUGCAGCAGACUUUGGCCACCUACUUGCGGUGCAUGCAGCACCUGGUACCCGAGGAGCAGUUCAGGAGGAGCCAGGCCAUCGUGCAGCGGUUUGGGGCCCCUGGUGGCCUUGGUGAGACCCUGCAGCAGAAGCUCCUGGAGAGGCAGGAGAAGACGGCCAACUGGGUGUCUGAGUACUGGCUGAACGACAUGUAUCUCAAUAACCGCCUGGCCCUGCCUGUCAACUCCAGCCCAGCUGUGAUCUUUGCCCGGCAGCACUUCCAGGACACCAAUGACCAGCUAAGGUUUGCUGCCAAUCUCAUCUCCGGUGUGCUCAACUACAAGGCCCUGCUAGACAGCCACUCCAUCCCCACAGACUGUGCCAAGGGCCAGCUGUCAGGUCAGCAGCUCUGUAUGAAGCAGUACUAUGGGCUCUUCUCCUCCUACCGGCUCCCCGGCCACACCCAGGACACACUGGUGGCCCAGAAGAGCAGUGUCAUGCCCGAGCCAGAGCACAUCAUUGUUGCCUGCUGCAACCAGUUCUUUGUCUUGGAUGUUGUCAUUAAUUUCCGCCGUCUCAGUGAGGGGGAUCUGUUCACUCAGUUGAGGAAGAUAGUCAAAAUGGCUUCCAACGAGGAUGAACGUUUGCCUCCAAUCGGCCUGCUGACAUCAGACGGGAGGAACGAGUGGGCUGAGGCCAGGACAGUCCUCAUGAAAGACUCCACCAACCGGGACUCGCUGGACAUGAUCGAGCGCUGCAUCUGCCUGGUGUGCCUGGAUGCCCCGGGGGGCUGGGAGCCCAGUGACACCAACAGGGCACUCCAGCUCCUUCACGGUGGAGGCUGCAGCAAGAAUGGGGCAAACCGCUGGUACGACAAGUCCUUGCAGUUUGUGGUGGGCCGGGACGGCACCUGCGGCGUGGUGUGUGAACACUCUCCAUUCGACGGCAUUGUCCUGGUGCAGUGCACGGAGUAUCUGCUCAAGUUCAUGAUGAGCAGCAGCAAGAAGCUGGUCCGAGCUGACUCUGUCAGCGAGCUGCCGGCUCCCAGGAGGCUGAGGUGGAAAUGCUCCCCGGAAAUUCAAGGCCUGUUAGCCUCCUCAGCAGAAAAACUACAACGAAUAGUAAAGAAUCUUGACUUUACUAUUUAUAAGUUUGACAACUAUGGGAAAACAUUCAUCAAAAAGCAGAAAUGCAGCCCCGAUGCCUUUAUUCAGGUGGCCCUCCAACUGGCUUUCUACAGGCUUCAUAAGAGACUGGUGCCCACCUACGAGAGCGCGUCCAUUCGCCGAUUUCAGGAAGGACGGGUGGACAACAUUCGAUCUGCCACUCCAGAGGCACUGAGCUUUGUGAAAGCCAUCACUAACCACAAGGCUGCCAUGCCGGAUUUGGAGAACCUUCUGCUCCUGAAGGAUGCCAUCCGAGCCCAAACCGAGUUCACAGUCAUGGUGAGUGAUGAGGGGGGGGGCCUCGUGUGGGCUCAUGACUGCUAG